UGUGAAUGGACAUGAAUUAAAAAAAUAAACAAAAACUCUAGUCUAGUCCUGAAGUGUACAUCAUACAACGUAAAAAAGAAAAUCAACAGAAUAUGUCCAAUAAAGGUGAAUCUUCCUCAACAAACUCUCCUGCGGCUUCUUCUGUCAAUCGAGAGCAUUCACAAGCAUCAGAACAGCAACAAACCGCUCAUAACCCCCAACUAGAUUCACCCAUACGGGGGCCAACGUUAUCAACGAGUACAAGUAGUUUUGAGGCCCUUGACCCCCAUGAUCCAAAUUUAAGUAAAUUAGCUACGAAAAUGUUUCGUAAAACUGAGGAGUAUAUAACAAAUGAACUUCAAACACCUAUAGAAGACUACCAGCUGUUGGAAAAUAUGAAUCGGGCCACCAUAGGAAAAUAUUCUGAUAUGCGACAAAUUGCCCAGAACCUCUCUGUGUCAACAGCAGAGUUAAGCGUGAAAUUUCAGGCCUUGAUACCUUUGAUGCAACAAAUUGAUGAGAUAUCGGACACGGUAGACAAACUGGAAGCUGCUGCUUAUAAGUUGGAUGCAUAUUCAAUAGCUUUAGAAAAUCGAGUAAAAUCAGUAUUACAAAGGAAAACACACAUUUGAAAAUAUAUAUUUAAAAAAUGAUAUUUAUUUGAUUGCUACAUUUUGGUCUGUUAGCCCAAUAGAAGCUUAAAUAAAACAGCUACAAUAUUAAGAAAAAUCAGGGGAACUGAAAAACAAUAAGAAAAAACAUUUAUUGUAGUAAUGAUAGCCUAAAUAGGCAUGUAAAGACAAAUACACAUACUUUUGGCCACCGUACGUAUGGAUCUUACUAGGUUUAAAAUCUGAGCUUUAGCUGUUGGUUGUCCGAACUCGGUGUUUUGUUGCUGACCACCCCAACCUACUGUAAAUUAGUUCAGUUAGUUAAAGUUUACUUAGUUAAAUUCAAGACUCACUUUUAGCAAGGAAUCUUUCUUCAUGCAAAACACACACCGCAUUCAAGCACAACAAAGAUGCUUCUAUCAAAGUCCAUAAGGUAAACAUUUUUGCUGUUUUAGCUAAAACACAGGAACUUGAAA